UUUUUUCACCUCAGGGAUGAUGAGUUAGCCACUGAAGUAGCAUGGGUGGUUGUUUAUUUGUCUGCCCUUUCAAAUAUAGCUACCUACAAGCUGGUGAAGAGUGAUGUACUUGAAUUACUUGUAAAUAAAUUAUCAACAUCAAACAGUUUGCCAUUAAUGAUUCCGAUUUUGCGUAGUUUAGGUAAUCUUAUUGCUGGCGAUUCCCAAGCAAUUAAUGCGGUUCUCAUUCCUGGACGUGAAAUUACAGGUAAUGCAAUAGAAGUUCUUGUAAAAUGUCUGAACUGUCAAAACAGGGUCUUAAAGAAGGAAGCAGCCUGGGUGCUGUCUAAUAUAGCUGCUGGUCUUGUUGAGCACAAACAGUUGAUAUAUUCUAGUGAAGCAGUGCCUUUGCUAUUGGAACUUCUUUCUGCCGCUCCAUUUGAUAUAAGAAAAGAAGUGGCUUAUGUAUUAGGCAACCUUUGUGUUGCCCCGACUAAAGGUGAUGGCAAGCCAAGUUUGAUCCUGGAGCACAUGGUUUCACUUGUUGAAAAAGGAUGCUUGCCAGGUUUUAUUGAUUUGAUUAGAUCUGCUGAUAUUGAAGCUGCAAGGCUUGGACUUCAGUUCACAGAGCUCGUCCUGAGCGGGAUGCCAAAUGGCGAGGGCCCAAAGCUUGUAGAGCAAGAAGAUGGGAUUGAAGCCAUGGAAAGAUUUCAGUUUCAUGAAAAUGAAGAUCUGAGGACUAUGGCAAAUACUCUAGUUGACAAAUAUUUUGGAGAAGACUAUGGGCUUGAUGUCUAGUAGGUAUCAUACUAGCAAGAUUUACUGUCAUUUAAUGCUUGCCUUCCCUCGCCUCCGCCACAUGUCCAAUAUGGAGCAAUACAAGUCAAUGACAUUGCUGAACAACGAUUCUUUAUGAAAGCCAAUAGAAUUUGUUUUGGUAUUAUUAUGUUUGAUAAAAUUAUGCAGGGCUUGAGAUGGUACACUUUUGAUGGCCCUUGUAUGAGUACAUACAAGAUAGUUGAGAUGUAAAUUUUUUGUUUGUAUCUCUGUUCCAGAUCUUUUUGUUAGAAUUUAGUACCUAUAUGCAUAAGAUUCUAAUUACUAGUAAGCUUAGUACA